AUGCAUACUCAAGUUUCCGAAAAACCUUCAUCAUCCUCUUCUCCUCAAGGAGCUUCCACCUCGCGUACGCUUCCACUCGGAUCUUUCCAAUAUAUGGCUCGAGUCUUUCUGGCUGCUGGUUUGGGAGCAAGCUUAGCCACAGCAGUUGUAAAUCCAUUGGAAUUAAUUAAAACAAGAAUGCAGACUUUGGUUGUGAAAGGAGGAGAAGGAGGCUCUUCAUCCAUGUUCCGAGUUGCUUCAGAUAUCAUCAAACAAGAAGGAGGAAUUUAUAAAUUAUGGACUAUUGGAUUGGGAGUUUCAUGUAUGAGAAGUUUAUUAUAUUCAAGUGUGAGGAUUGGAAUUUAUGAUCCUGUGAAAGCAUCUUUGAUGCAUUUAAGGGAAUGGACGAAAAAUGAAAGUCAAGAUUCCACAAAUAUGAAGGAAUUGCCAUUGUUUUGGAAAGCUGUGUCAGGAUUGAUUUCUGGAGCAUUGGGGAGUGCCUUGAUGAAUCCGUUGGAUGUUGUGAAAAUUCGUUUUCAAUCUUCUGGAAUUAGUGGAGUUUCGAGUGAUCAUAGACCUGUUUACAAGAAUACAUGGGAUGCUUUAUGGAAAAUUUCACAAAAUGAAGGAUUUUCAGCAUUGUAUAAGGGUACUAUUGUGACCAUGAUUAGAGCUUCAAUAUUGACAUCAGCACAAUUGAGCUCAUACGAUCAUUCAAAAUAUUUAUUACUCAACAAAAUGGGAACAAUUUUUGGAUACAAAUUCAAGGAUGAUCACGUGACACAUGUCACUAGUGCGUUUGUUAGUGGUCUAGUGACAGCAAUUGCAAUUUCCCCCGUGGAUGUCAUAAAAACAAAAUAUAUGAAUGAUGCUAAAUUAAAAAUUGGCGACCAAUUAACAAGCACAGGCCUCAACGGAGGAUACAAUGGAGUUGUAGAUUGUACAGUCAAAAUUAUCAAGAAUGAAGGUUUUUCAGUUUUGUUCAGAGGUUUUUCAGCCUCCUAUUUGCGUCUUGGCCCUCACUUCUUGUUGAGCUUACCUCUGUAUGAGCAGUUCAGGAAAUUGUUUGGAGUCUCUUCGUUUUGA